CCAGAGACUAAUCAAGAAAAUGCCUUGAAUAAUCUUACAAUUAAAUAGAAAAAAAGAAAAGAAAAGAGAAGAGAAGAAAAACAUGUGGGAACCUUUGCAAGUUGCAGGAAAUUGAGAUGUCAAGCCCAUAACCCCACACUUCUCAUCUCCUUCCUUUCAGUGACAAGCUAGCAAAGCCGACAAAUCCCCUUUUUUGUGCCUUUAUAUUACCAACUUGCAUACUAAUGGAUUGAAAUUCUAUUAUAGCUGCACAUGGGACCCCUGACUAAGUAGAAGACUUGCAGGUCUCUACUGGAUAGGCCAAGUUGUGUACAUAUUGCUUCACUAUAUAUGUAUUUUAGCCAACAAUAUGAACCUCAUAAGGUCAACUUUAUAUGAUAUUUCAAUUGAAGACCAAAGGAUCAGUAUCUUCUUACCAGUUUCCAUCUUCUUUUGACUCCCAUGACGUCUACAGCUGAUGAAGACUUGAACGUCAGUGGCGACAGCUAAUGAUUAUUGAAUUCUGCAUAUAAAUCCUUCAUAAAGUUGGGUUUCCCAUGACAGUUUCUAAGUCUUCAGCAAUGGUGACUAGAAGUAUGAGUUUAAUUGUGUUCAUACUCUGUUCUGUUUUUGCUAAUGCUCUAUCAGCAGAACCAAGCUUGGAACUUGAACUUGAGGCAUUGAAGGAGUUCAAGAAGGCCAUUACUCAUGAUCCAUUGGGUGCACUUGCGGAUUGGAGUACUGAUGCAAACCAUCACUGCAACUGGACUGGGAUUGUAUGCGACUCUGCAGCCGAUAGGGUCGUCACGAUUUCUCUGGUCGAUAAGCAGCUCCAGGGACGGAUAUCGCCAUUCCUCGGCAACAUAUCCGGCCUCCAGGUUCUUGAUUUAACCUUGAAUUCAUUCUCAGGUUACAUUCCAGCUCAGCUGGCUCUUUGCACCAAUCUCACUGAACUUGUGCUCUAUCAAAAUAUGCUUUCGGGUCCGAUUCCAGCAGAGUUUGGAAACCUUCAGAAUCUGCAAUUUGUGGAUCUGGGUGAUAAUUCUCUGAAUGGAAGUAUACCAGAAAGUAUUUUCAACUGCACUUCCUUGUUAGCAUUUGGUGUUGUUUUUAACAAUCUCACAGGCACAAUCCCUUCAAACGUAGGAAACUUAGUCAAUCUCCAAAUGUUUUUAGUUUAUCGUAACAGCUUGCAGGGUUCAAUACCUGCUUCCAUUGGUAGGCUAGAGGCUUUGCAAGCUUUGGACCUUAGUGAAAACCAGUUGACAGGAGUCGUACCUCCACAGAUCGGUAAUCUUUCCAAUUUAGAACAACUUCUGUUGUUCAACAACUCUCUUGCCGGAAACAUCCCACCAGAACUAGGUAGCUGUAAGAAGCUAGUCGAACUUGAACUGUAUAGUAACCAAUUCACUGGAAGCAUACCCUCUGAGCUUGGAAAUCUCAUCAAAUUAGAAAAACUGCGGAUGUACGACAAUAGCCUAAAUUCCACAAUCCCACUCUCCAUCUUCCAAUUGAAGUCAUUAACCAAUUUAGGUUUAUCAGAGAACAUGUUGACUGGUACAGUUCCUCGUGAAGUCGGUUCUUUGAGGUCCUUACAGGUACUGACCCUGCACUCAAAUUACCUGACUGGGGAGAUACCUUCUUCGAUUACGAACUUGGCAAAUCUAACAUAUUUGGCACUGGGCUUCAACUCUCUCACAGGGAAGCUUCCAUCAAAUAUUGGGUUGCUUUACAAUUUGAGGAACCUUUCCUUGAACAGCAACCUUCUUGAGGGACCAAUUCCAUCUAGUAUCACCAAUUGUACCCAUCUUGGAACCAUAGCUUUGGCCUUCAAUAGAAUGACAGGGACAAUUCCCAGAGGUUUAGGGCAGUUGCCUAAUCUGACAUUCUUGUCUCUUGGUCCAAAUCAGAUGUCUGGUGAAAUUCCUGAUGACCUCUACAAUUGUUCCAAUCUUAGGAUCUUAAACUUGGCUGAGAACAAUUUUAGUGGAUUGCUAAAACCAGGUAUUGGCAAACUCUUAAAUCUUCAAAAGUUCCAAGCUGGCUUCAAUUCAUUUAUAGGGCCGAUACCACCCGAGAUAGGCAAUUUAAGCAGCCUCAAUACUUUGUCCCUCUCCGGAAAUAGUUUUCCAGGCUUGGUUCCAAAAGAAUUAUCAAAGCUCACUCUCCUGCAAGGGCUUUUCCUGCACGACAAUGCCCUCAGCGGAACAAUACCUGAAGAGUUAUUUGAAUUGAAACAGUUAUCACGUCUUGAGUUGGACAGCAACAAGCUUAUAGGUCCAAUUCCAGCUAGUAUCUCAAAACUCGAGUUUCUUUCACAACUGAAUCUUCACAGUAACUUGCUAAAUGGAUCCAUUCCUCAAAGCAUGAAGCGUCUUGAUAAGCUUUUGUUGAUGGAUCUCUCUCAUAACAAUCUCACGGGUUCAAUUCCUGGGUCAGUGAUGGCAAGUAUGAGGAGCAUGCAGCUGUAUCUGAACUUGUCAUACAAUUUAUUUGAAGGAAGUAUUCCGGUUGAGCUGAGUAAAUUGGAAAUGGUACAAGCCAUAGACCUGUCAUAUAACCAACUUUCAGGGGAGAUUCCUAGAACACUUAAAAGCUGCACAAAUUUGUUCUCCCUUGAUCUUUCAGGGAACAAACUUUCAGGUUCAAUCCCAGGCGAAGUUUUUACAGACAUGAAUGUGCUUACAGUCUUGAACCUUUCGAAGAAUAAUUUUGACAGUGAAGUCCCGGAAGACCUGGCCAAAUUGAAGCAACUGAGCUCCCUAGAUCUUUCUCACAAUCAGCUGAAGGGCGAAAUUCCGGGAGGCUUUGGCAAUGCUACCAACUUGAAACAGUUGAACCUUUCUUUCAAUCAGCUCAAAGGUCAUGUUCCAGAGAGUGGAAUAUUCAGAAGCAUAAAUGCAUCCAAUUUGGUAGGAAAUCCUGGUCUUUGUGGAACAGAAGUUUUAGGGCCAUGCAGCAAAAGUUCACGUCGUCUAUCAAAGAAGACGAAGUUGAUUCUCCUUGUGCUUGGAUCUGUUUCUCUGCUUCUGCUUCUUGGUUUACUAAUUUUGAUACUUCAGCGAUAUGCCAAAAAGCAUAAAUCUGAGAAGGUUCCGAAUCAGGAAGCUGAGUUCACUCCCGCAUUCACUCUCACAAGGUUUGAUCAAAAGGAACUAGAAAAUGCUACAAAUUUCUUCAGCGAAGAUAAUAUUAUUGGUGCCAGCAGUUUGAGCACCGUUUACAAGGGUCAACUAGAAGAUGGAGUCCUCGUAGCUGUGAAGAAACUUAAUUUGGAGCAAUUUUCCACAGAAUCUGACAAGUGCUUCAACACAGAAGUUAAAACCUUGAGCAAGCUGAGGCACAAGAAUCUGGUUAAGGUACUUGGCUUUGCCUGGGAGAGCAGGAAGCUGAAAGCUUUAGUUCUAGAUUACAUGCAGAAUGGGAACUUGGAGAGCAUCAUACAUGAUCCUGGAGUAGACCAGUCAAGGUGGACACUGUCUGAGAGGAUCGAUGUCUUUUUCUCAGUAGCAAGUGGAUUUGAUUAUUUGCACUCUAGUUACGACUUCCCCAUUGUUCACUGUGACUUGAAGCCUUCUAACAUUCUUUUGGAUGGAGAUUGGGUCGCCCAUGUGAGUGAUUUCGGAACAGCAAGAAUGUUGGGAGUUCAUCUCCAAGAUCAAAGCAGCCUCUCUUCAGCGUCAGCUUUUCAAGGCACUAUUGGCUACAUGGCACCAGAAUUUGCAUACAUGAGGAAUGUCACGACAAAAGUGGAUGUUUUCAGCUUUGGAAUAACAAUAAUGGAGUUUCUGACAAAACAAAGGCCAACAGGACUCACGGAAGAGGAUGGGUCACCAAUAAGUCUGCGUCAACUAGUCGAGAAAGCCAUUGUGAAUGGCAUCAAUGGGCUCAUGCAAAUUUUGGACCCUAUGCUAGCAACUAACAUCUCCAAAGAUGAAGAUAUAUUGACAGAACUCCUUAGACUAGCCUUGAUCUGCACAGACUCAAAUCCUGAGAACAGACCCAACAUGCAUGAGGUGGUGUCGUUCCUUUUGAAGAUAAGGACAUACAGUAAUCUCGAAUUUAGCACCCAAUCACAAUGAGGGCUUAUCUUCGAAGAAUAAUGAAACCAGAUAGAGCAAUUUGGAAGGUGUCUACUAAAGCACGAGAGCAACUAAAUCAUCAACUGCAUGCUGGCUGGUGCCUUUCUAUCUUCAGGCAUACCAGUGUCAACAAGGUGAUGACAAUAUGUUGCCGUCUUCAACCUUAGUAUUAAGUAGUGGUAGAAAGUAUUGGUAUUCAUGUUCACAAUGUCUUUGAGAUUCAAUCCUAGAUGUAUCAAACGCAUACUUAUAACAUCUUCCUCCAUUUGAUUUUACAAGAAAGUUAUUAUGCCUCAUAAAAA